GUUGAUGCCUCGCUGGCCCCUCGUCGCGCCUACAAGCUCGGUCGGGACUGCCUCAAACAGCGAGCUCCCACAUCUAAAAUGUGGGGACGGAAGUUCCCGCACCAGAAUUCUGGCUUCAAGCUCCCACGUAGGCAACCCAUCGACCAACGCCCUCCCCGCCGCCCGCAAACAAACAUCCACCCCCCAUCCGAGCCCGCAUCUUUCUCCGGGGAAAAGCUUCGAACCGACAAGAUGAUGUUCUUUGGCCUCGGCGGCGUUUUCUAUUUCUUGGUCCUCGUCACAAACGCCAUCGCCAUCCUCUCCGAAGACCGCUUCCUGGCGCGCAUAGGCUGGUCCGCUUCCUCGGCAGCCGAGCCCGCGUUCGGUGCUGGGCCAGGGGGCGACGCGAGCGUGAAGAGCAAGAUUGUGAAUUUAAUUGCCAGUGUGCGGACGUUGAUGAGGAUUCCUCUAAUCGGCAUCAACCUCCUCGUCAUAGUCUACGAGCUGAUCCUCGGAUAAAACCCCCCACGGGGCUCUGGGCUGAGACGUCCCUAUCCACGAUAUCAAGCCGCAGGAGGGUGAGCGCAUGGAACGCGAGUGCGGGUAUCAUAAUACGAAAACACAAAUGGUUGGAAAACUGUACUAUAAACAAAUUACGGGAACACAGCGAAGGCAUUCAUAAACGGCGUUUACCAAACAGGGUUGGUUGGCGGAGGGUAGGGGCCUUUACAAUAGCAGAACGAAUGAUCACGAAAUGAAACCUCUUUUCAAAUUCACAAAAAAACGAGUCAAUAUAAGAUAUAAAGAAUCGAGCACGCCGGAAGGAAGGGCAAGGUGAUGCGGUGGUAACCAGACAAUAUUUCCAUAUCCAAUAUAGUCUCUACUACCCAAACCAAUCCUAUCCAAUAUAUCUCCCCCACUUCCCCCUUCAAACCCAAAAACAGACACCCUGACACCCUCAGUGCCUCCCUAUCCCGUCCGCUGGGAGUGGUUAUCCACGCAUCCCCCCCCCAACGGCGUCCUGUGUGCUACAUAAUACUG